AUGAAGGCUGUCUUCAGAUCCAAAGACCUAUGGAGUAUAGUUGAGAAGGGGGUAGCUGAAGAACCUGACGACAAUCGUCUCACAGAAAUCAUGAAGAAAGAUGCAAAAGCUGUUUGUCUGAUUCAACAGAACCUGGAUGAUCGAGUUCUUCUUCGAAUCACAGAGGCAAAAACAGCGAAGCAAGCAUGGGAUAUGCUGAAGACUCACUAUCAAGGAAACACCAACAAUAUCACUAUUAAGAUGCUUAGAGAAGAGUUCCCAUACAAGACGGUGGUAACAAAGAUUCUCAGAAGCUUGACCCCCAGAUUCACAAAUGUCGUCUCUUCCAUUGUUGAAGCUAAGGACCUCAAUACCCUCGCAAUUGAUGCUCUCUGUGGCUCACUUCGGAGCCAUGAAUCCAUUCUGAAUAAUGCAGGUGACCAAGAUGAAGACAAGGCACUGCAUGUGAGGACCACUCCAUCAUGUGAUCAUUUCAAUAGAGGAGGAAGAGGUCGUGGACGUGGUGGCUUUAACAGAGGGAGAGGAAGAGGACGAGGGCGAGGAAGGAACUCAGACAUCUUUCACCAUGCCGACAACUCAAGACAGCACAAGAAUGUGCAGUGUUUCAUCUGUAAAAAAUUUGGACAUGAUAAAUCACAAUGCUGGUAUAGAAGUAAAGAAGCAAACAUAACAGAAGAAGCAAAGGAGCAAGAUGAAGGUCUUCUUUUCAUGGCAAGCACUGAAACUAGAAGUGAAGGAGUGAAGUGGCUCAUUAACAGUGGUUGUUCUAACCACAUGUCAGGCGAUCGAAGGUUAUUCAAGAACCUGGAAAGCACACCUCAGCAUAACAUCCGACUUGGAGAUGGAAACUUACUUCAGGUUGCAGGAUUUAGCCAGUAA